GGCAAAUAUUUCCCAAUAGGUUCCUUUCUUACUGCCAAGGCACGAUCUCGUCCUUCGUGGGGCUGGCAAAGUAUUCUUUUUGGGAGAGAUCUUUUGGAGAAGGGGUUGCGGUGGCAGAUUGGGACUGGUCAGUCUGCUUCUCUUCUUCAUUAUAAUUGGAUUCCUUCUCUCCAACUUGAUCAUCCUAGGUUUAAUCCUAGGAUCUUGCCGGAAGGGGGGAUCCGACUGUUGUAGAGGUUAUCUGUCAGGGAGAGGGGCACUGGAAUGACCGGGAACUUCGCUUAUGGUUUGAUCCCCCGACCUGUCGUGCCAUCCAAUCGGUACCUCUCCCAAGACAGCCAGUGGGUGAUAAAUUGAUUUGGCAUGAUACUCCAGAUGGGAUCUUCACGGUCAAGUCAGCUUAUCAUGUAGCAGUCUCUCUUGAUAAGCGGAGAGGGGAUUGGAAGCCGAUGGUCAGUUGGAUGGAUAGGGCAAUCUGGAUUCGCUUAUGGGAAGCCAAUAUUCCUCCCAAGUUAAAGGUCUUUGUCUGGAGAAUUCUGAAUCGGAUCCUGCCGACUACGGAGGCUCUUAUUGAGAAACGGGUCCCUGUGCUCCCCCGAUGUCCUGUGUGCUGGGCUAGUUCGGAAACGAUGGAGCAUCUUUUUCUUGAUUUCCCGGUGGCGAGGGCCUUGUAUGAUUAUUCGGGUCUGGCCCAUUUGGGGGAGGGGCUGCCUCGUCAUACUUUCCCUAUAUUCCUUAAACGACUACUGGCUUUAAUUCAUCAGCCUACUCUUUUUAUGGCCGUAGUUUCUGUGCUCUGGCGGAUUUGGCGUUCUCGAAACUGGGUUGUCUUUGAGGGCAAGCAGUUUGGCUUUCCUGCCUUGAUGCGUCAAUUCCAGCAACAAUUGGAUGAGUGGUCCCGCCUCCCCCCGUACCAUGCCGGAGCAAACCCAGCAGGAUCUGGGGAAGGUGGACAGGGCUGUUUGUAUGUGGGAUGGGGUUGUUAGGAGGGACUCCCACUCUGCCGGUGGCAUGGUUAUUCUUACCCCGGGACGUGAUGUUCUGAUGGUUAAGGGUGUGCAGUUCCCUUGAUUUUUGGAAUUGAUGACUCUUCGGGAAGCUGUUCUUUGGUGUCAGGCUCUUGGUUUCACUUGCAUGAGUUUUGAGGGGGAUGUUAAAGUAGUUAUUGAUAAAAUCAAUCAGGCGGAUGUUUGGGAUAACCGGUUAGGUGCUGUUAUGGAGGAGCUCGUGUAGAUUUUUUCCAGCACCCCUGGGUUUAGUGUUAGAUUUGUUGGUCGGCGUAACAAUAGGGUAGCCCAUUUGGUGGCUAGGAAAGCCCUCUCUUUGUACCCGCUUAUGAGUCGUUCUUUUGAUUUCCGUGCCUGGCUCUUGCCCAGGAUGUAACUAUCUUUUGUUUAAUCAAUAUAUGAUUAUCUUUUGUCAAAAAAAAUCCCCUCACCUUCUUUCCUUUUCGAUCAAACCCAAACAACCCCUAUCUUCCAUUAUUCUUCUUCCUCCUUCUUCCCCGACGAGCCGCCGCCUCCAUUUCCCAAACGAAAACAAAUCCCUUCUUCCCCGAUCCUACUCUCCAUUCCAAUAGCUUCUAAUCCACAAAUUCUAACCUCAGAUUCAAACCUUGUUGAUUUGACAAAAUUAGGGUGUGUGUUUUUGUUCAAAUCUCAGAUUCAAACCUCAGAUUCUAACCUCGCUUGGUUUGUUUUUGUUCCCUUUUCAUAUUCUCUUCUUCUGUUGGGAGGGAGGGUGUGUGUUUCUAUUCUCAUGAUGGAUGUUGCGACUGGUUGCAACAACUGUAGCAGUAGCCAGUUUGUUAGCAGGUCGGAGGAUUCCUGCGGCGUAUGUGGAUGCACUAGCAGCGGCGAGGCGGGUGAGGGGCAGUAUUGGACGGUGAUGGAAGGCGGCGUAGUUGAAUACCAGGGGAAUCGAGUGCUCAAUUGCGUUCCCAAGUUGGUGGCUGGAGCCAUCUCUGGUGCGCUGACGGGGAUUUUCGCUUUAGGUAGUUCCGGGCUGCCUCCUUGGUAGGGAAAAAGCGUGUAUGCCAAUUUGCUAUCUCGUAGUAAACCAGAAAGUCCGGGUAUCGUCUCUCAGGGACAGGUACAACCUUAAGUUCUAUCAAUUUUGUAGAGCAAACUAUAGGUGAAAAUGGUUUAACGAGAUUAUUAACUACUAGCAAAAUUAACUAAUUGAGCAAAUUAAAGUGUCGGGUUUAAAUUAAUGGGAGAAAGCUCUAGGAGAAACACCGGGAUUCACUACCUAUCCUAUCCAGAUUAAUUCACAGAUUCCAAUCAAUUUAAUCUAUAUCUCUACAGCCAAGAUAUCACGAAUGUGCUAGCUAUCCCUGUCGGGAAUUACUACGUACUAAAUAAUCAAUUCAAAUCCUACUGUCGUAGCUCAAUGAAUUAACUAUAUAGUCUGAAGAUCGAUAUCCUAUUUAAGAUCGCAUAUCACCUUAUUUAAUUCACUGUCGCUUCGAUAAGUUACUAUGUCACAUUAAAUAGGUUCAGUUAUUAGGGUUUCACUGUCGCUAAUAACCUAAUUAACUACAAAUUGUUGUAUUGGUGGCCAGUCAACACAAAGCAUUAAGUAAUUUCAUGCAAUAGAGAUUGGAAGAAAAGAAUCAUAAAUCAAUCCAUCAAAUCAAGAAAUAGCUACAUCCUAUGGUGUUUCCCCCAGAAAUUGGGGUUUAGUUCAUGACAAAAUUAAGAUAAAUCGAUAGGGUUCUGUUCAUCAUGUUCUAAAUCAACAAGAAACAACUAAUUCGGUUUAGAAAAUCCAACCAACUAAUCACUCUCGUUGAAUUCGGCUUAAGCCUUGAAGAAAUCGAUCGUCAAUUGCCAAUCGCCGCUCCAAUCUCUGCUGUUCGCGCGAGCCAACUUUGCUGCGCUUGCUUUUUCUUCGCCCAAGACUUGCGCCUCUAUAAUCCCCCUCCAGGAGAAUUCCGCCGCCAGCUGCCUUCAAUCCCCUCUAAGAAAUAAAGUCACCCUCUUCCUCUAAUAGCAGCCCAUCAAUUACAAGAUGCCCACCAAAGUAAUUCCCCAGUUCCGUCCAAAGAAUUUCCCUCUGCUCCCUGUCCAAAACUAGCCGCCCAAAAGGAGAAGUCCAAAUGGGCUUUGGCCCACUUCCCACAGCCGCCAAAUCCAAGGAGGGAAGUAGAAUGGGCUUUGGCCCAUUUCUUGUCCCAAGAGUUCCAUCCCCAGCAGUUCGAGCCCGAUUUAUUGCUUAUGCACUCACUCCUUUUUCGUGCUUUCUUCAUCUGCAUCAUAUCAAACUCAUGGCACUAGGCAAUAAUGGUUUUUCAACCAUUUCCGGGUUAGCGAGCCCAAAAAUUGCACCAAUCGGCCUAAACAUACCAUGGAUAAUCACAUAAAGCCCAAAAAUUCAA